UGCUGUCUACAGAGACGUUCAGAAGAUUUCAGUUUUUCUUGAAGGGACUUUAGCAGAAAUUCUCCCUUGUUUUCACUGAGAGUCCAUAGUUGUAGUUCAACAUCUUAAGUGAUGGUUUCAUGGUACUAGAUGUUGUAAACAAAUUUCUUUCUUUCAAGAUGUGGAUGUGGAUCUUGAUUGGCCUUAACUUCAUCUCAAAGGUGCAAGGGUAUUCAAACCGUCCCUUCCCAGAGUCGUGCCAUUCAAUGUUACCUGAGCACAGGGACAGAAUAGGUAAUCUUGUUGGGCCCCAGAACACUAAACUACCCUUUGAGGUCCAUUACGAACUUGGGAAUGACGGAGAGCCUAUUACAGUUUUUCUUAGAAGCAAAAGCUCCACUAAAUUCCGGGGAUUUUUGUUGGAGGCUCGAGACACGGGCAAUCUUGAGGGUUCUGUUGGAAAAUUUAUCAUACUUGAGUCUUCUAAGACUCGAUUCCAGUCAUGCAAUGGAUUACCAGACUCGGCUGUUCGUCAGGCCAACAAACUAAAACAGACUUCGGUGCGAGUUAACUGGACAGCAGAGGGCGCAGAGCUAGACAUCACUUUCAGAGCCACAUUUGUUGAGUCUUUCUGGAAAUUCUGGAGACCAGUGGAUGUGAAGGUCAUUUUACCUACUACAAGUACUACAAAGCCCACUACUACUACAAGUACUACAAAGCCCACUACUACAAGUACUACAAAGCCCACUACUACUACAAGUACUACAAAGCCUACUACUACAAGUACUACAAAGCCCACUACUACUACAAGUACUACAAAGCCCACUACUACAAGUACUACAAGGCCAAGUACUACUACAAGUACUACAAAGCCUAGUACUACAUGUACUACAGAGCGAAGUACAACAAGUACUACAGAGCCAAGUACUACAACAAGUACUACAAAGCCUAGUACUACAACUACUACAGCGCCAAGUACUAAAAGUACUACAGAGCCAAGUACUACAAAGCCAGGCACUACAGCAAGUUCAACAGAGCCAAGUAUUACUGCAAGUACUACAAAGCCCAGUACUUCAAGUACAAUAAAACCAAGCACUGCAGCAAGUACUACAAAGCCCAGUACUAUAGGUACUACAAAACCAAGCACUGCAGCAAGUACUACAAAGCCCAGUACUAUAGGUACUACAAAACCAAGUACUGCAGAAAGUACUACAAAGCCCAGUACUUCGAAUACUACAAAACCAAGUACUACAGCACCAGGACCUGGGCCAAUUCCAAGCUUAAUACUUCAAAAGGCAAGUAUGAGCAGUUUAUCUCCUAUUACAAGUAUUACAGCCAGUGCAACUGACAAGAUUCUGACCUAA